UCGCGUUCAGCGUUCUCGCCAGAAACCAUCUAUCGCAGUAGCUGACGACAAAACCUGCAAACCACGCCUCUUUCAGAGAACGACCGAAGGUGGGUUACCAGAGGCAAAACUACAACCACAGCGAGACCGAUAUUUACGUAAACACGGACGGUUGGAAUACUUAGCAGUCUUUAGCGUGGGAAAGUAGCCAUGUCUGUGUGAAACCAGAGCAAGUUAUGCGUGAGUUGGGUGACACCGAAAACUGCUAAUGACGGAUAGCCGGUGUAAACACAACGUUGCGGCCUACUGUGAUGUAAAGUCUUGCAAGAUAGGAAAGCUUUGGGCCGCAAUUGAUUCCCAUGUACAAGGGGUAGUUUGGAGUGGACAACCGUGCAUAUAGUGGGCUUGUGGAUGCUUUUGAUUACACCGAUUGUUGGUACUGGGUGUAAAACAUGGAAUACUGAAAGACCAAAUUUGCGCAUCAUCGUUAUUGAAAGGGGGUAGAGGAGGAGAGCGCGGCCUGCUGGCAUCUUCACUGCGCCGGCAGCAGCUGUGGAGGAAGAAAGCUGCUAGUGGUCCUCAUUUGGCUGUUUGGAUGGGUGCCGUGGAGGAGGCGGUUAUUGAUAAAGUGAAACGCUGCAGCAUCUAGCAGUAGAACAAGAUCGCAUCGCAGAACGAAGGAAGAGGUGUCUGAGGGCCGGCUGUCAAAGCAUUGCUUUCAGGAUUUAAAAUAUUGAGGAAUGAGGCUGCACUCUGUCACCUGAUGUGAGGCAUUCGUGUCGGUCGGCCGUCGCGCCGAUGUUAUGUGUUGAAAAGGUGCUUCUUCGUUGAUUAUUUUGAGAUAAAUAUUUCAUUUUGCUUUCCUCGAGUGAGGAACGCAGAGAUUUGGAUUUGUGUUACUUUUCCUUGUACUCAGUAUUCCUUGCAUCUAUUUCGGUAGCCAGACCGUAGGAUCAAGACGCUGGAUCUGUGAGUUCAACCUUUGCAUGCUGGACCUCGUCUGUUUAGCGCAUAUCCUCCCGCCUGUUUUUUAGGCAGUUUGGAGCUCCAAGCCAGCUAAUUGGAAGGGAGUGAAGUUGUGCUUCCUAGCCCUGGAUUCCAUACCAUUGAAGUCUGGAGAUGAACCCGGUGAAUGCGACAGCUCUCUACAUUUCUGUGAGCCGUUUAGUGAUGGACUGUGAUGCUGGCAGUUCGCAGCCGUUUACCGAGAUCAACAGGCUGUUACCCUUUUUCAGACAGUCACUCGCUUGUUGUGUUUGUGGGAAUCUGCUGCAAGAUCCAAUUGCUCCCACAAACUCAACAUGUCAACACUACGUCUGUAAAGCUUGCAAAGGCAAAAAGAUGAUGAUGAAACCAUCGUGCAGCUGGUGUAAGGACUAUGACCUUUUUGAAGAAAACAAGCAAUUAAGCAUUCUUGUAAACUGUUACAGAAAACUCUGUGAAUAUAUUACCCACUCACCUUUAGGGGAACACCUGUUUAAGACACAUGAUGGCACUUCUGAUAUUUUGCCUUUACUAGAAGAGGGGCUAUGUUUUGAUGAAGAGGGAGAGAAGCAUUCAGCUACAGCGGCAUUACACAUUGCACAUUCCUGUGUCCCUUCAACAUCUGAAUCAGUUUGUGAAUUGGAAACCAGUGUAUCUCAAAUCCCUGAUAGCACAUUAAAUGUUGACAUUGGCCCUUCUAGUAUUAAUGGAUUGCCUAAUUGUAAUGGACUCUCUGUGGAUGACCUCUCUGUAAAUAUUUGUUCACCUGAAAAUACAAAUGCAGUUGAUUCCUGUAGCACUGGUGAGGACUUAAGUGAAGAUAUUUCAAACAGCCUCGAGCCUGUAUUGACUGUCUGCACCAGUGAACCUUGUAGAACAACCAGUGAUAUAUGUCAGUUUAGUGGGGACAUCAAACAAGAAGAUCCAUUGUUACUUAGCGUUGAGGAAGUUCUUCAGACUCUAGAGACUGUUUCAAAUUCUGAGGAAUGUGUCACUGAUUUGCAGUCUAAUUUAGACUCUGAUGCACAGAAUGGACCCUUCUGUGAUACUAAGCUGUCCCCUCUUCUUCUUAACAGUGUUUUUGUUUCUAGCAAUGCCCCAUCUCAUGGAAUUUCAUGUACAGCGGUUAUACCUAAAAUAACACGAAUUAAUCGAAAACGAUCACGCUCCGAAAGUGACAGUGAAAAGGUGCAGCCCUUACCAAUUUCUAGCAUAUUUUGUAGUCCACAUUUGACACCUGUUCCUGCACUUGAAAAACAAGAAAUUGAAGUAUCUCUACAGCCUGUUGUUGCAGUUCCAAAUGGGGGUACUCCCAAACUGAGUAAAACACUGUUUCUGCCCAGCAAAAGCAUUAAAAAGAAUGUUGAGCAUGGGGUCAAAAAGUCUCACUCAAAGACAAAACCGGGGACUUUGAAAACCAAUAAGAUAAAGGACAAAGUUCCUAGCAAUAAUAUUAUGCCAGGAAGCCCUACAAAAACUGUAUAUAAAAAGCCCCCAGAAAAGAAAGGGUGUAAGUGUGGGCGAGCAACACAAAAUCCAAGUGUUCUUACGUGUCGAGGCCAACGUUGUCCCUGCUACUCAAAUCGCAAAGCCUGUUUGGACUGCAUAUGCCGUGGAUGCCAAAAUUCUUACAUGGCCAAUGGUGAGAAAAAGCUAGAGGCAUUUGCGGUGCCAGAAAAGGCCUUGGAGCAAACCAGGCUUACUUUGGGCAUUAAUGUGACAAGUAUUGCAGUGCGCAAUGCGAGCACAAGUACCAGUGUACUCAGUGUGACAGGGUCACCAGUAACAUUUUUAGCUGCCAGUGCACAUGAUGAUAACUUGGAUGAAGCUAUAGAUCUGAGAUAUGACUGCUAAGGUUGAUCUUUAGCCUCUCUUUCACUGUUAAGGGAGAGCUACUAUUUCAGGCAGCUAUGGUUUGUUUCUGUUUAGAGAAUAUUGCUUUGACUAUUGGUUAUAGAUCAUUUGUAUCAAGUAUUUCAUUACCAUUUUCUGUGUUCAGCUUGGGAAUGUGAUAGGGUUAUUGUAUUAUGGGUUGCAGCCCAACAUUUGAAAGUUCUUGGAGCAUUUUGCACCUGGUGUUUCAUUCUGGUAGGGAAGCAAGAAGCGAUACAAGUGAUAUAUAACUGAAUUAUCUCUAGCAAGACAGAAAAGAAUGUGACCUCAUUGUUUCCUGGUCAUGCUUUGUGCAUAAUCAAAAUGUUUAUUGGUGAUUGACAAGAAUUGGUAUCUAUUUUCUUGGUCCACAACAGUUAUGGUAGUCUUUAUAAAUGUGAUGUCUUGCAAGAAAACUCUGUGAAGCAUUUUGAAUUUAUGGAAGAAAGUCUAUAACUAGUUGAAAAGCAGACUGCUUAAAGAAAUCACAGGUACAGUAUUACAUUUUUGCUUGGGAGUGUUGCUGUGAUACCAUUACUUGAAAAAGCAUAAAAGUGUAACUGUAAACAGUUUGUCAGGGUUCCAGAAAACAAAAGAGUGCAGAAAAUUGUUAAAUAAAGGUGUGAAUGAGAGGUAGUAAACAAGUCUUUAUUGUAGAUUUCUUAAGUGUGUUAGUAAUUUACAAUUGAAAGGUUGUUGGUCUCUUUUUAUGCAUCAUCUUCUCUUCAUAAGCCCCUUACAUUGUCUUUUUUAAUUGUAAAAUGUGUCUGUCAGAAUGGCACAGAGUUUUUUUUUUUUUGGUGUGUGUGUGUGUGUGUGUGUGUGUGUGUGUGUGUGUGUGUGUGUGUGUGUGUGUGUGUGUGUGUGUGUGUCUGCUGUGGAAUCAUGUAUGUAACGCUCGGAAAGUUCGUUAAAAUUAAGCAGCUAGUAUAGAUGGGAGUACAGUGCCACAUGAGUGAAUAUGAGCAAAACUAGUGGAUUAAUGGGUUGACUAUGUGAUUUGCACUGUUUUCUAGUUUAACCUCAGUUGAAGCACUUAAGAUGGGUCUUACAGAUGGAAAAAUUUUUUGGCUGUCAUAAUAACUUUUAGUAUUAAAUAUUACCCAGAUACAGUCCACUUAUCUGCAACAUAUAGUUCUUGUAUGGUUCAAUAUUUUGCCAUCCUUGAGCUCAAAGGAUUGUUAAUUUAUAUCUGAAAGUGUUGACCGUUUGUGGCAGUAAGAAAUAUUGUUCUUUUUCAUGGGUGAACACACAAAGAAGCAAGUAUUUGUUGGCAUAUAAGUGAAGAGUUUCAAUUUUUCCUGAAAAAAAGUACCUUAAGCUAAGCAGUUGUUUGACUUUCAGAUUUUCCAUUUUGUCGCAUAUACACAAGCAUCCAGUAAAACUUUGUGGAACCCCCUCAGCUAACUUUUCAGACUAACACAGGACAUUGUGUGACGGGAGUACCUCUGUAAAUUGUUGAGGUGCUCAUCUUAUCCCUAAAAAAGUCUGUGAACACCUUUUAUACUGUAAUUAAAAUGGAAUGUGACCAAGGGUCUCUUGUCAUUUUGUCAUGUGUUGCAUAUUUGGGGUAUCUAAAUACCUGCAGUAAGCCCCUGACUUUUGUCGUCUUGUUAUUAAAAACAUUUUGAUUUGGCACACAGCAUGUACAAUGAUGGUUAAUCACUUAGUGUGUAAAAAUGCAGGUAAAUCUUACACAGAUCAGAUGGCACCUCCUUCAGUUUUGUAGUAUAGUCGGUGUCAUUUCCUGUGAAUAUGUCGUCAGGUAGUGUUUUUUUAAGCCAUAGGAAAAAGAAAUGUGAUGUUUUUGUCCUGUCUGUUCUUAAUUUUUUGUUCUGUUUUUGUUUUGCAAGAAGAAUUGAAAAACUAUUUUUGAUAAUGAGAGUAAAUGGUGGAAAAUG